AUGAAGGCCGUCAAUAACGGCGUUGCUCAGCUCAAUAACGGCGUUGCUCAGCUCAAUAACGGCGUUGCUCAGCUCAAUGACGGCGUUGUUCAGCUCAAUGACGGCGUUGCUCAGCUCAAUGACGGCGUUGCUCAGCUCAAUGACGGCGUUGCUCAGCUCAAUGACGGCGUUGACGGCGUUGCUCAGCUCAAUGACGGCGUUGCUCAGCUCAAUGACGGCGUUGCUCAGCUCAAUGACGGCGUUGCUCAGCUCAAUGACGGCGUUGCUCAGCUCAAUGACGGCGUUGCUCAGCUCAAUGACGGCGUUGCUCAGCUCAAUAACGGCGUUGCUCAGCUCAAUGACGGCGUUGCUCAGCUCAAUGACGGCGUUGCUCAGCUCAAUGACGGCGUUGACGGCGUUGCUCAGCUCAAUGACGGCGUUGCUCAGCUCAAUGACGGCGUUGCUCAGCUCAAUGACGGCGUUGCUCAGCUCAAUAACGGCGUUGCUCAGCUCAAUGACGGCGUUGCUCAGCUCAAUGACGGCGUUGCUCAGCUCAAUAACGGCGUUGCUCAGCUCAAUGACGGCGUUGCUCAGCUCAAUGACGGCGUUGCUCAGCUCAAUGACGGCCUCAAUGACGGCGUUGCUCAGCUCAAUGACGGCGUUGCUCAGCUCAAUGACGGCGUUGCUCAGCUCAAUAACGGCGUUGCUCAGCUCAAUGACGGCGUUGCUCAGCUCAAUGACGGCGUUGCUCAGCUCAAUAACGGCGUUGCUCAGCUCAAUAACGGCGUUGCUCAGCUCAAUAACGGCGUUGCUCAGCUCAAUGACGGCGUUGCUCAGCUCAAUGACGGCGUUGCUCAGCUCAAUCACGGCGUUGCUCAGCUCAAUGACGGCGUUGCUCAGCUCAAUAACGGCGUUGCUCAGCUCAAUGACGGCGUUGCUCAGCUCAAUAACGGCGUUGCUCAGCUCAAUAACGGCGUUGCUCAGCUCAAUGACGGCGUUGCUCAGCUCAAUGACGGCGUUGCUCAGCUCAAUAACGGCGUUGCUCAGCUCAAUGACGGCGUUGCUCAGCUCAAUGACGGCGUUGCUCAGCUCAAUGACGGCGUUGCUCAGCUCAAUGACGGCGUUGCUCAGCUCAAUAACGGCGUUGCUCAGCUCAAUGACGGCGUUGCUCAGCUCAAUAACGGCGUUGCUCAGCUCAAUGACGGCGUUGCUCAGCUCAAUAACGGCGUUGCUCAGCUCAAUAACGGCGUUGCUCAGCUCAAUGACGGCGUUGCUCAGCUCAAUGACGGCGUUGCUCAGCUCAAUAACGGCGUUGCUCAGCUCAAUAACGGCGUUGCUCAGCUCAAUGACGGCGUUGCUCAGCUCAAUGACGGCGUUGCUCAGCUCAAUGACGGCGUUGCUCAGCUCAAUAACGGCGUUGCUCAGCUCAAUGACGGCGUUGCUCAGCUCAAUAACGGCGUUGCUCAGCUCAAUGACGGCGUUGCUCAGCUCAAUAACGGCGUUGCUCAGCUCAAUGACGGCGUUGCUCAGCUCAAUGACGGCGUUGCUCAGCUCAAUGACGGCGUUGCUCAGCUCAAUGACGGCGUUGCUCAGCUCAAUAACGGCGUUGCUCAGCUCAAUGACGGCGUUGCUCAGCUCAAUAACGGCGUUGCUCAGCUCAAUGACGGCGUUGCUCAGCUCAAUAACGGCGUUGCUCAGCUCAAUAACGGCGUUGCUCAGCUCAAUGACGGCGUUGCUCAGCUCAAUGACGGCGUUGCUCAGCUCAAUAACGGCGUUGCUCAGCUCAAUGACGGCGUUGCUCAGCUCAAUGACGGCGUUGCUCAGCUCAAUGACGGCGUUGCUCAGCUCAAUGACGGCGUUGCUCAGCUCAAUAACGGCGUUGCUCAGCUCAAUGACGGCGUUGCUCAGCUCAAUAACGGCGUUGCUCAGCUCAAUGACGGCGUUGCUCAGCUCAAUAACGGCAUUGCUCAGCUCAAUAACGGCGUUGCUCAGCUCAAUGACGGCGUUGCUCAGCUCAAUGACGGCGUUGCUCAGCUCAAUAACGGCGUUGCUCAGCUCAAUAACGGCGUUGCUCAGCUCAAUAACGGCGUUGCUCAGCUCAAUGACGGCGUUGCUCAGCUCAAUGACGGCGUUGCUCAGCUCAAUAACGGCGUUGCUCAGCUCAAUAACGGCGUUGCUCAGCUCAAUGACGGCGUUGCUCAGCUCAAUGACGGCGUUGCUCAGCUCAAUAACGGCGUUGCUCAGCUCAAUAACGGCGUUGCUCAGCUCAAUGACGGCGUUGCUCAGCUCAAUAACGGCGUUGCUCAGCUCAAUGACGGCGUUGCUCAGCUCAAUAACGGCGUUGCUCAGCUCAAUGACGGCGUUGCUCAGCUCAAUCCGUAG